AUGAAAAGCCAUACCACUGCAACUUUUCUGAAGAGGAAACCCCAAUGGUGACAUCUCAGUUGGAUGAACUCCCAAAGCUGGGAAGACGCAACACCAGAGAAAAUGAAGCCAGGGAAUGCAAACCAGAGGUUCCUGCUCUGGUGUCAGCACUGGAGAGUGUCAUCAAGGAGCCGUUUUCGAAAUACCAAGAUCUAAAAGGUUCUGCAGACAUAAAGAUGCCAGCAUUUCACCACAGCCAGGGGCUUCCUUGCUCCAGUCGCAUUGCUAGCUUUGCUUUGGGUGUGGGCCAGACAUCUUCAAACAUGGUCAUGGACUUGAAAACGUCACUUGAAGUGCAGGCUAGUCAUGCUAGAGAAAAUUUGCUAGACUUAAACAGGGAGCAUCUUCUGAUAGAAAAAGGUGCUGUAGCUCAAGAGGUAGCUCCACUCGAUUUGAGUGAAAAAUCAACAAGGGAUAAUUCAUGCAAUAAAAAUCUGAAUACAUCCUCGCAGGCUGCUUUAGUUGUCUACCCAUGUCCUUUCUGCAGUCACAAGACCUACUACCCUGAAGUCCUGUGGAUGCACAAAAGAAUUUUGCACAAAAUCAGCUGUAACUCGAUGGCCCCCCCUUGGGUUCAACAGAAUGGAUUCAAGAGUAUUAAAAACAACCUGAUCUUUCUGGCAAGGAGUGGGCGUACUGGGCCCCCUCCUGUUCUUGGCGGUAAGGAAUGCCAGCCUUUGCCCGUUGCCAGAUUUACGCGCACUCAAGUGCCAAGCGCGUUGCCAGGCUCCAAAAGCGGCUCUCUUUCUGUCGGGAUGACUGGGAAGUCCGGGAGUACUCAUCAGUCAAAGGAUGGCUGUGCCUUCAGCCACUGUGGUCCACGCUUAUCAGGUCUGGAUGGGUACGGACAGCCCAAGUUAAACCAUUCCCAGGAGCAAUACAGCAUAGCACAACAAAAAAGUAAAUAUGAAGCAAAUUCCAAACUUAUGCAAAUGGGAGCCUAUAGCAGAAGCCUAACGCCUACUCACACGGUCAUAUCCAGGCCUAGCACACAGCUCACCAGCAGUAAGCAAGUGGAAAAGUACAUGGUUCCCCAAGGAAGUACUAGUUUUGCCCCCCCAGGUAAGCACUGUGUGUCUGACUCCACGAAGGCCAAAUUCAACCCACCACCACAGUACCAUCCCCUGUGUAAAAGCGAGCAGUACACUAAACACGAAGAGCCAUCAGUGCCUCAGAGGGAGUCUCACAUGAAGGUUGGGAAUGAGAUGAGGACAUUGGCAAACUGCACGGCAGUAGCACGAGCCAGUCCACUGCUGCAGCCCCAGCCUGGCGCCGCGGGGGUUUCUCCAGCUUUACACUCCAGCAAACAGGAUCUGGGAUCAGAUGGGCAUGAGAAACGUUUGGAUGUUUUAAAUAUCUUUAAAACAUACAUUCCAAAGGACCUUGCUUCGUUGUACCAAACCUGCGGUGCCAACAGCCCUGUCCUGGAUCACGCAGGGAUGCUCAGGACACAAACACGCCAAGGAGACUGUGUCUGCAGAGAAUGUGGAAAAUGCUUUACCCAACCCAGUCACCUCAGGACUCAUCAGAGGUCCCACACAGUGGUAUUUGAGUCUAAUGGACUCCGAGGUACUGAAGUUCACAACACCUCCGCAGAUGCCCCAAAACAAGGGAGAGACCACGGCGGAGUGGAAGUCACCCACACGCUGCCUGUCCGGAAGGGAACCUAG